UAUCAAAUGUUUUAUUGACGUAAUAACGGAGUGCCCAGAGACUUCCGGAGACUUUCACACAUGUGAAAAAAACAUGGGGACACUAUUUAGAUGUUUUUCUCUAUAGCUCGUAUUUGUUCUUCGGUCAGCACCAAGAAAUAACAAUCUUUAGCGUUUUCUGUGAUUGACUUAACAUAUUUUCUUAACCUGUUUUCAACAUUUGUCGCGUUAGCAAACUUUUCAGCUCUCAAGUUAGGCAGCUAAUUUAAGUUAGCCACCUUGGUAACAUCUAGCUAGCUAUCAUGGAUUACUCGGACGAAAAUUCGGUACAAUUCCACGGGGAUGAAGAGAUUAUAGAAGUCAUCGACCUUAACGAAACAGAGCAAAACCCAGAUGAUUUGGCGGAUGAGUUCGAGGACGUGGACGUCGGAGAGACUGAGGACGGAGACGAUGAACAGGAAGACUGGGAUACCGACGACGAGAUGGAGCAGGAAAAGGAGCAAGAUGACAGCGAACUCACCUUUUCCAAACACACAGGCUCCGUGUUCUGUGUGAGUCUGGACCCAGCCACAAACAGCUUGGCUGUGACCGGAGGAGAGGAUGACAAGGCCUAUGUCUGGAGAGUGAGUGAUGGGGAAGUGCUGUUUGAAUGUACAGGCCAUAAGGACUCCGUGACAAGUGUUUUAUUCAGCCAUGAUUCUUCCCUGGUGGCCACGGGGGACAUGAGCGGGCUGAUCAAGGUCUGGAAGGUGGAGACCAAGCAGGAGGUGUGGUCCUUCGAGGUGGGAGACCUGGAGUGGAUGGAGUGGCACCCCUGCGCCCCGGUGCUGCUGGCGGGCAUGGCGGACGGUAACGUUUGGAUGUGGAAGAUCCCAGGGGGUGACUGUAAGACCCUGCAGGGCCCUGGUUGCCAGUCGACCAGUGGAAAGGUCCUGCCAGACGGGAAGAGAGCUGUGGUGGGCUAUGAAGAUGGCAACGUACGACUUUGGGACCUCAAGCAGGGAAAUGCCACCCAUGUGAUUAAAGGUCAUGAUGGACACCAGGGGGCGCUGACGUGCCUGGCCUGUAACAAGGACGGCUCUCUGGUGCUGACGGGCUCCGUGGACGGCCGUGCCAAGCUCAUCAACACUGCCACUGGCAAGUCUGCUGUCUCCGGCUCCACACCUACCCCCGCCCUGCCAGGUGGGAAGUCUGUGACAAAGAAGCGGAGGUGGGGAAGAGCGAAACCUGCAAUCGGAGAGGAGGAGGGUCGUUGGCACUCUGUGCUGGAGGAGGAUGUGUUGCCUACACCUCCAGUAUUCAGACCAAUAAGGCCAUCAGGACCUCAGCUGGACAUGACCUCUAAGUACAGCCCCAUGCAACUUUUUCAGCUGUUUUUCACCUCGGCAGUUGUUGAUUCCCUGGUGUCGAACACAAAUAAGUAUGGUGCUAAGAAGCAGGCAGGCAAGAAAGAGGGAUGGAAGCCCAUUUCCAUGUCAGAUCUUUUUUGUUUCAUGUCAAUGGUCAUGUACAUGGGUCUUGUGAAGCUAAAAACCCUGAAAGACUACUGGAAAACUGCUCCCCUCUAUCAACUGCCUUUCCCCUCCACUGUCAUAUCAUGCAAAAGGUUUCUGACAAUCUCACGGGCGCUUCAUAUCAGUGACCCAGAAGUUGAUGAGGACAAUGAGAAGAUGAGAAGCACAGCAAGGUUUGAUAGGCUGUGCAAAAUAAAACCUCUCUACCCCAGCAUCGUUGAGGCUUGCAAAACCUAUUUUCAGCCUGCCCAGAACGUUUCCAUCGAUGAGAGGAUGGUAGCUUCAAAGGCCAGAAUUGGCCUAAAACAAUACAUGCGUAACAAACCAACUAAAUGGGGUUACAAGCUGUUUGUUUUGGCUGAUUCUGUGUGUGCAUACACGUGUAAUUUAUUUGUUUAUGAGGGGAAGAGCAGUGUUGCGACCGGUAAGGGAUUAGCUAUGACUCUGUUAUGCAGUUAUUAGAUUUUCAACUGCUGGGGAAGGGCUACAAACUGUUUGUGGACAACUUUUAAACAAGCCCUACCCUGUUUGCAGACCUGAGGAAGCGGGAUGUGUGGGCUUGUGGCACCAUUCGGACCAACAGAGUGGGCUUUCCAAAGACAAAGGUGAACGACAUGCCUAAGCGAUGGAUCCGUGAAGAUGGCCUGCUCUUUGUGAAGUGGAUGGAUACCAGAGAGGUGGUCAUGUGCUCCACUAUCCACAAGUCCUUCAGUGGCGAUCAUGUCGUCAGGCGUGUGAAGGACGCUACAGGGGCAUGGACCACAAAAAAUGUCCCCAUUCCUGCAGCCAUCAAGGACUACAACAAGAGCAUGGGAGGUGUGGACCUGUCAGAUGCACUGAUUGGCUACUACAAUGUUCUCCACAAGGCAAUGAAAUGGUACAAGACAUUUUUCUAUCAUUUCAUUGACAUUGCUGUGGUGAAUGCCUUCAUCCUCCAGAAGGAAAUGGCUAAGAGCUGUGGACAGCCCCCCAUCUCACAGCUAGCCUUCAGGGAGCUGCUCAUCCAUGUCCUCUACCUCUGUCCCUUCUACCCCUGUCCCCUCUACCUCUGUCCCUUCUGCUCCAACCAGUUGUGUUCACCUGCCCCAGAUUCAUCUCUGCAGGCAUGAUUGUGCCUCGGGGCAAAAAGGGCACAGUAGGGAGACGUCGUUGUGUUCUGUGUCACAGGAAAUGCCCCAUCACCUGCACCAGCUGUUCAGUAACCCUCUGCUUUACAGCAGAAAGAGAGUGCUAUUGGGCAUGGCAUCAGAAACACAAUAUUUUGUAGAGGACUGAGGGUCUUCACAAUAUUGUACAUUAUACAUUGAAUGUGUGUAAAUAGUUACCCUUGUUAUUUUACAUUUUUUCU